AUGGCCGAUGUACAACCAUACAAACGAGUUUGUUACUUCACCAACUGGGCACAAUACAGAACUUCUCCCAUGACCUUCAAAGCGGAUGAUGUGGAUCCUUUCCUCUGCACUCAUAUCAUGUACGCUUUCGGUAAAGUCGUGGGCAACACAAUCGAUGCUUAUGAAUGGAACGACAAGGGCACCGGUGGCCAAUACGAGAAGAUAAUGAACCUGCGAUCCGUGAACCCAGAUCUCAAGAUCCUGUUGGCCAUAGGUGGAUGGACUCACGGCACCGCGCCCUUCACUGCCGUGGUAGAUGACCCCAAUGACAUGGCAGCUUUUGCAAACAACGCCUUGGCUUACUUAAAAACAUACGGAUUCGACGGUCUGGAUCUGGACUGGGAAUAUCCGGGUGGUAAUGGAAGCCCUCCAGAGGACAAACAGCGUUUCACGUCUUUUGUGCAGAAACUUCGGCAAGUGUUUGACGCUGAUGGAGUAGCCAGCAACCGUGCGCCUCUGUUACUGACGGCAGCUGUUGCAGCUGGCAAAUCUACGAUUGACAAAGCCUAUGAAAUUGACCUCAUCUCCAAAGAGCUAGAUUUCAUCAAUCUAAUGAGCUACGAUCUUCAUGGAAGCUGGGAAGCAACCACCGGACAUCACAGUGCGCUUUUUGGUCGUGCUGGUGAAGGUGGAACUUCUGCGUAUAUGAAUGUGGAUUAUGCGGUGAACUACUGGAUUAAUCUCGGUGCACCUGCAGAAAAGCUGGUUUUGGGAAUGGGCCUGUACGGCAGAUCCUUCACCCUCUCUAGUUCCAGUAAUACAGGAGUAGGAGCCCCUGCCGUAGGAGCAGGAGCAGCUGGAACAUAUACUGGAGAAGCAGGGCUGUUGGCCUAUUACGAGGCAUGUGACGUGUGUUAUAAUUUGAAAUACAAUGGUUGGACAAGACAGUGGCACAGUGAACACAAAGUACCGUAUGCGUAUCACGGUAUCCAGUGGAUCGGAUAUGACGACACGGAGAGUUUCCAAGUGAAGAUUGACUACAUCAAGUCCAAAGGACUGGGUGGCGGUAUGGUUUGGUCUCUUGAUCAAGACGAUUUCAGCAACAGUUGUGGCGAUGGGGCAUAUCCUCUGAUGAACCUAUUGCGAAGUGGGCUGUCUGGAUCUCCUGUAGCUUCCACUUCUUUGCCACCGUCUUUGCAUUCCUCCUCUCAAACUGUGCCGUCCUCCUCCACAAGAUUACCUACCACCAUUCCAGGCACUGCAGUGUCGGGAUACAAACGAGUUUGUUACUUCACCAACUGGGCACAAUACAGAACUUCUCCCAUGACCUUCAAAGCGGAUGAUGUGGAUCCUUUCCUCUGCACUCAUAUCAUGUACGCUUUCGGUAAAGUCGUGGGCAACACAAUCGAUGCUUAUGAAUGGAACGACAAGGGCACCGGUGGCCAAUACGAGAAGAUAAUGAACCUGCGAUCCGUGAACCCAGAUCUCAAGAUCCUGUUGGCCAUAGGUGGAUGGACUCACGGCACCGCGCCCUUCACUGCCGUGGUAGAUGACCCCAAUGACAUGGCAGCUUUUGCAAACAACGCCUUGGCUUACUUAAAAACAUACGGAUUCGACGGUCUGGAUCUGGACUGGGAAUAUCCGGGUGGUAAUGGAAGCCCUCCAGAGGACAAACAGCGUUUCACGUCUUUUGUGCAGAAACUUCGGCAAGUGUUUGACGCUGAUGGAGUAGCCAGCAACCGUGCACCUCUGUUACUGACGGCAGCUGUUGCAGCUGGCAAAACUACGAUUGACAAAGCCUAUGAAAUUGACCUCAUCUCCAAAGAGCUAGAUUUCAUCAAUCUAAUGAGCUACGAUCUUCAUGGAAGCUGGGAAGCAACCACGGGACAUCACAGUGCGCUUUUUGGUCGUGCUGGUGAAGGUGGAACUUCUGCGUAUAUGAAUGUGGAUUAUGCGGUGAACUACUGGAUUAAUCUCGGUGCACCUGCAGAAAAGCUGGUUUUGGGAAUGGGCCUGUACGGCAGAUCCUUCACCCUCUCUAGUUCCAGUAAUACAGGAGUAGGAGCCCCUGCCGUAGGAGCAGGAGCAGCUGGAACAUAUACUGGAGAAGCAGGGCUGUUGGCCUAUUACGAGGCAUGUGACGUUUUUCUUGUCAUCUCAAUUAAGAAGCCACUUUUGCUGAUCUACUUAUCUAAACUAGCUGGCAUUUGA